AACAUUUCAUCGUAACUCGUAACUAUUCCCUUUCACUGAUCCCAGUUGUUUUGUAUAUGUACCGUGUUAGUAGUGUGUUUGCUUUUGCUUAUGGGCUACAGAAAAAUCAAGUAAUUCAACUAGUGUAGGUUGAUUAUUGAUCAAAUACUCUCUACUGAAAUAUUAAUCUUAUGUUGUAUGGUUCUCAUGAUCUACUCGUUAUAAAAGUCUAAGAACAACAAAAUAAGGUUAUGUAGGAUACAACUAAAUGAAUAUCUGCAUACGGGUGUCAAUAGAGUAUAAAAUGCCUCUGUCCGAAGUGAGAAGAUGUGUAACCAUCAAAUUUACAUUAUUAUUGAUAUUAGUUGCUGUAGCUUUAGCUCAAUCACCAGAUAACAAUUCCGUAAUUGGUCCAAAUAAAGCUAAUGGAGGUGCCGUCGGAAAGUUUCGUAAAUAUUUUUCUCAAUGCAAAACACAUACAACCGAAUUUGAUGAAUGUAUAAAGAAUGCAAUCAAUAACGUCAGACCAUACUUUACAACAGGUGUACCAGAACUUGGAAUUCCUCCGUUUGAUCCAUUUUUUGCCAACGAAGUUAAACAAAGUAAAGGAGCUGGUUUAUUGGGUUAUAAGUUGACUAUACAUAAUGUUACUGAAAGUGGAUGGAGACUUUCGGAAAUUAAAAAAAUCAAAACUAACUUCAAUACAAAUACAAUUAAACUUACACAUUAUUUCCCUGAGAAAUAUUUAGAAGGUUACUACGAGGCAGAGAAUACUAUACUACGACCUGGAGUUACAACAGUUGGCCAAUUCAAUUUGACUUUAUACGAUUAUAUUCAAACAAUGACAAUAAGCAAACCAAAAAAUACAAAUCAAAUCAAAGUAUCUGUGCAGCUCGAAGAAAUUGGAAAUAUGUCUUUGCAUAUAAGCAAUCUUUUGCGUGGAAGAGUUAUCGUUGAAAACGUUUUGGACAGAUUAAUAAACGCCUCGUGGAGAGUUGGUUUGCCAGUUGUAAAACCACUUAUAAAUGACCUUGUUGCUUCAGCUUUUACUAAAAUUUGGAAUGAUAUUUUUAAUGAUUUUGACUUUAGUUAUUUACUGCCAUAAAUUGUUUAUAGGUCCAUGUUUUACUUUUAUAAUUUGGCCAUUAUAACAACACAUACUUUUAAAUAGAAAAUUAAUAGAUAAGGUUUCUGAGGACGUUGUACUUGCACAUAUGUCUUCGUCUUAUUAAUAUAUACCAUAGCAAAUUUGCGUUAAGCAACAUUUCAUUUUAAAGUGAGUUACCUAUAGCUAGGUUGCUACUCGCUAGGUUAUUAGGUACUCACUUUAAAAUAAAAUGUCAAUAAAAGUCUACGUGAUAUACUAGAUGAUAUUCUUCUUUUUAAAUUUUGUAAUAAGUAUAUUGAUUCGAACAAAUAAGUUAAAAAUAAAAGGAAAUAUCAUAACAAUAUAAAACGGAUUCGAUUGAACUCAAAUUUGAUAUGUUGUAUGAUAGUGAGACAGAGACAACUCAUGCAGAUACGACACUCUCUAGACUGUAAUUAUUUUCAUCUAUCAUUGUUACAUUUUAAAACAUAAUUAUUUUCACCAUCAUUACCUAUUUCAUUUCCAAAUAUUAUCAUUUUAUUCAUCAUAAAUCAUUGCUGUUUAAUGUUUUGUUAAGGAAUAAUUGUUUUUUAUUUAUUUAGUUUUAAAUUUUUUUCGUAAAUAGCAGUAGCUAUAAUUAUUUAUCUAUUAUCUAUACUUAUUAUAGAUACAAAGAAAUAAUAUAAUCACUCAAUUUUGUUA